CCCGCCCCAGACGCCGCGCCCGCCGCGGCGACGGAAGAACCCCCCGCCGCGGAGACGCCCGCGCCCGCGCCCGCGCCCGCGCCCGCGGCGGACGACGCCGCGCCGGUCGCCGCGAGCGAGAUCGACGCCGCCGCGGACGCGCUCGAGAAGGUGGGCGUGUCCCCGCCCGCGGAUCCGGACGCGCCGGACGCGCCGGACCUCGCGCUGAAGUCGGACGUGCUCGUGGAGGAGCCGGAGACGGAGGUGGUGAAGACGGUCGUGUCGGACACGCCGUACGCGAGCGCGAAGUCGUUCGAGGAGCUCGGCCUGAGCGAGGAGCUCCUGCGGGGGUUAUACAGCGAGAUGAAGUUCGAGCGCCCGUCGAAGAUCCAAGGCGAGACGCUUCCGAUGAUUCUCACGCCGCCGUACCGUAACCUGAUCGCGCAAGCGCACAACGGUUCCGGGAAGACGACGUGCUUCACGCUCGGCAUGCUCUCCCGCGUGGACCCGACGAGCCAGUCCCCGCAGGCGUUGUGCAUCUGUCCGACGCGCGAGCUCGCGAUUCAAAACGUCAACGUCAUGGAAAAGAUGGGCAAGUACGCGAACAUCUCGAUCGCGUACACCGCGGACCCGCGGUGGACCGAGCGCGCGAGUCGACGGGAUAAGAUCGUCGACCAGGUCGUGAUCGGGACGCCCGGUAAGGUGUUGGGGUGGAUGCGCGAGAAACAGCUCAACUGCGCGGGGAUGAAAAUCUUGGUCUUCGACGAGGCGGACCAGAUGAUGGACACGGACGGCCACCGCGUGGACUCGCUGAAGAUCAUGAAGCACCUCAAGACGAGCACGAAGCAGAUGCCGCAGGUGUUGCUGUUCUCCGCGACGUUCUCCGAGCGCGUGAAGGACUUCAGCACGAAAGUGGUGCCGAACGCGAACCAGAUCUUCCUUCCGGCGCACGAGCUCUCGUUGGACGUGAUCAAGCAGUACCGCGUCAACGUCACGUCCACGGACGCGAAGGAGGUUUUACUCAAGGAGAAAAUCUUCCCGCUGUGCGAUAAGAUCGGCCAGACGAUCAUCUUCGUUCGGACGCGCGAGGGGUGCAAGCGUUUGAUGCGCGCGAUGAACGCGGCCGGGUACAAGUGCACCGCGAUCGAGGGCGGGAUGGAUCACGCCGAUCGCGACCGCGUCGUGAAGGAGUUUAGGGACGGCCUGACGAAGAUUCUCAUCUCCACGGACGUCCUCUCUCGCGGUUUGGACGUCAGCACGGUGACGCUGGUCAUCAACUACGACAUGCCCGUGGAGCACAGCAACCCGAGGCAGCCAAACUUCGAGACGUAUCUGCACAGGAUCGGCAGAAGCGGUCGGUUCGGGAAGAAGGGCGCGGCGUUUAACCUCCUCCUCGGCGCGGACGAGAAAGCCGUCUUGGACUCGAUCGCGGAUCACUUCGAUCACCCGGUGCCGGAGGUGAAGUUCGAGGACGACGACGCGUUCGAGAAAGUUCUGGAGGAGGCGGGGUUGAUGUCCAAGGAGGAUUAAACGAACGGCGGUGGACGGACGCGGCGCGGCUGGACGAGAGCGACCUACUAAACGUUUUAGGAAUGACGAUGAGGAGCGAACCCCCAUAGAUCU